AAAUAUGUGUGAGAAAACGCGCUUCUGCUAACUGGGUUCCACUAUAACCAGCACUCCACAGAGGAACUGGGUUCAUUUCUGGUGGACGAAAGGAUCUAACGAUGGCUUUAGAAGUUAGAAAGUUACUCGUCCUUGGAUUUUGUUCGUGUUUGUUUGUCGGUGGGGGGGUAUCUGGUGGUUUGGAGCCCUUGGUGGUACCCGGUCGAGUGCCCAGUGUGCACUUGUCUCAGGAGGAGAUCCGGAGACUACGCUUCAAACCCACUGUGGGCACCAUCCGGCGUUCAGAAGGGUCUGAGGUCAUGUUCAACUGCUCAAUUGACCUCACUGACAUGGGACAGGACUUGAGUAUCCUAUGGUUAAAAGAUGGCAAAGAGAUAUUUGAUGGCACACAGACCGCUGUAUACAGUCAUGGAACAGUAAUUCUGAUGUCCACUAUCAGGAUUUUUAACAUCCAGCGCACUCACUCUGGUGAGUAUCAUUGCAGACUGAGCGUCAGUAAUAAAGUAAUCGAGUCAAAUCCCAUCAUUAUUGAGGUUGAUGGUUUACCAACCUUUACUAAACAGCCAAGUGAUGUAAAUGUAACAAGGAACAGCUCUUUCACAUUAACCUGUGAAGCUGUGGGUCCACCGAACCCUGUCACAAUUAUGUGGCUUCUCAAAGGCCAGAAGUUAAACCAAACCAGUCCCUCUCCAAGCACCAUAACUAUCCAAGGUGUGGACUCGCCCACUCGGUACAGCUGUGAAGCUCACAAUGACAGAGGAGUCACGGUUUCCAGAGAGGCUCGUGUCAACAUAAAAGACUUUCCAGCCAAAGUCUCCACAAUUUCUGUGGUCAAACGUGAAGCAAACAAGCUCAACUUAAGCUGGAUUCCUGGACAUGAUGGCUUUUCCCCACUCAAUAUCUGCCAUAUCACAGUGAGAGAGCUGGGUAGAGAGUUGGGCAGCCCGACUACAGUGCAUAGUGUGUCAGUCCCUCCAUUUUAUUAUGAGAUCACUGACCUGAAAGCCAUGACCUGGUAUAACAUGAGUGUGUCCUGCACAAAUGAGAUUGGCCCCUCGCCACCCAGCUUCUGGGUCCAGAGCAACACUACAGAAGGAGUCCCUUCAGUGGCCCCUCAGAAUGUGACUGUUCGUGUAAACGAGUCCAUGCUGCUGGUACGAUGGGAAGCUCCUCCUCCUGACAAGAUAAACGGGAUCCUACAAGGGUAUGAUGUCCUCGUUAAUGAUGGGAAAGAUGUCAGUAAGAUUCGCAGUAUUUCCACAGAGGCAACAAUGGCUUUGCAGGAGUUUAACACUACAUAUACUGUGGAAGUGAUGGCUUGCACACAGGCUGGCUGUGGAGUUAGAAGCUCACUUUACCAGUUUUUUGUCCCAGAGAUUGAUAUGCCGUCCCCAUCUUCUAGUCCAAACACUCAUGGUUCAGACUCCGUGUACAUUGUGUUGGGAGUGGCUUGUGGCAUAUGUCUUGUGAUAAUUAUCACGUUUGUAGUUAUAUGCCUGCGUAACCGGAUAUUAGAAACUCGUCUCGGGAAGUUGCUUGGAAUUGGAGAGAGGCUUUCACCCAUCGUCGAGUAUGUACCUCAGAGGUCCUAUAAUCGAUCGGCAAUUGAAAUGACACUCAGAAACUUGGGUGUCCGUGAAGAACUUCAGACCAAACUUCAGGAUGUAAUGAUUUUAAGAAAUCUGCUUGCCAUCGGAAAAGUUCUUGGCGAAGGGGAGUUUGGUUCCGUAAUGGAGGGCCACUUAAAGUGGCCUGAUGGUACAAGUGAAAAAGUCGCUGUGAAGACAAUGAAAUUGGAUAAUUUCUCUCAAAAAGAGAUAGAAGAGUUUCUGAAUGAGGCUGCCUGCAUGAAGGACUUUAACCACCCAAAUGUAAUUCGGCUGCUCGGUGUGUGUUUAGAUGUGGGUUCAGGCCACUUCCCCAGGCCAAUGGUCAUCCUCCCCUUCAUGAGGUAUGGAGACCUGCAUAGCUUUCUUCUUCGUUCCCGGCUCGGAGACAGUCCAUUGUAUCUCCCAGCACAGACUCUUCUGAGGUUUAUGAUUGACAUUGCUUCAGGAAUGGAAUACCUCAGCAGCAGAAAUUUCCUACAUAGAGACCUUGCAGCACGUAAUUGCAUGUUACGAGAUGACAUGACUGUGUGUGUGGCAGACUUUGGCCUCUCAAAGAAGAUUUACAGUGGAGAUUAUUACAGACAGGGCAGGAUAGCCAAGAUGCCCGUGAAGUGGAUUGCUGUGGAGAGCCUGGCAGAUCGAGUGUUCACUGUGAAAAGUGAUGUGUGGGCUUUUGGUGUAACCAUGUGGGAGAUAGCUACUCGAGGCAUGACGCCAUACCCUGGUGUCCAGAACCAUGAGAUUUAUGACUACCUCUUGGAAGGCCACAGGUUGAAGCAGCCAAAUGACUGCUUGGAUGAGCUGUAUAGCAUCAUGUUAAGCUGCUGGCAUGCCGACCCUGUGGACCGGCCUGAUUUUACGAAGGUGAAGGAGAUGCUGGAAAAGCUAACAGAGAAACUUUCUGACAGGAGGAACAUCAUUUACAUCAACACCACUGUGUCCGAGGAUGAAGAGGAGGAACAGCUGGCAGAAGUGCCAAUGGAGAGUCCUGUCCUCACUUCAUCACCGUCCUGCAGCCGCCAGACCAUGGACACGUCCACAGUAACUGUGGACGUCCACGAGAGCUCAGGAGCAGAUGAGGAUGACCGUUAUGUUAUUGUUGUCCCUUCGGAGGACACUGGUGCAGUGGGACAGAGCACCACUGUGGACACUCCACUUUUAGCUGUGGAGAAUUUGCAGCAGGACUCUGUUGACUCCUCUGGGGAUGUAACAGAACUACAUCAAGUCUCUAAUGAUAUGACACAUUUACUGUAAUAUAUAUGGCCAAUUUGGUUAAAUUCAUGUACAUUUUUUUUCAGUAGACUUUGUCGCAAAGCUGCCUUACAGAAAUCUGCCUCAAUCAAGCUGAAGUACACAGAAAACAACCUUCCAGCCAGUGUAAGGAAGGCUUUUUAUGAAUACUCAAAAAGGUGACUUCAUCUUUCUCUAUUUCAGCAUAAAAUAGGUACAUCAGCCAGAUAUUCAAGGGUUUGAAGGAUUCACUGCAAGUUCAGACUUAAAAAUAAUGUAGUUUUCUCAAGUGUCCUUUCAGCAGAACCUGUGUACAUAAUAUUAAAUAUGAAUAUUCCUGCAGUUGGAAAUAUGAUGUCUAGAGGUUUUAAAAUAUGUAUUGUUCUGUGUAACAGGUGUUUCUGAUAAUUGCAAAUAUUCAAGCUCAAAAAGAAUGCAGUAGUUUUUUUUUUUUAAGUGUCCUUUUAGCAGAACAUAUGUACAUAGAUUUGUAUAUUCCUGCAGUUGGAAAUAUGUACAUGAAAAG